CUUGCUUCCUGCGUCCAUUUAGGCCUCAACCGCUCGCUCGCGCCCUCCAGUCUUUUCUCUCCCGCCCUCUACCUCCUUCUCACAUCCACCUACACUCCCCACUUCACGCCGAGAUGUACGCCGCCACCAUCCUCCUCGCGCUCGCCGCCGCCGUCUCUGCGAUCACCAUCACGGAGCCCAACUCCUCGCAGAGCUGGACGAACAAGGGUGGACAGACCGUCAAGUGGCAGGCUGUCGACACAGACCCGACCUCGUUCACGAUCCUGUUGACCAACACCGACCGCUCGGUGAUGCCGGACAACAACCAGAUGCUCGCGGCUGAGGUCGACUCCUCGCUUGGCGAGACGACCGUCAACGCGCCCAGCGGCGGCUGGCCCUCGGGCGGCUCCUUCCGCGUGAACUUUGUCAAGAACACGACGGAGCUGAACACCAUCCUCGCGCAGUCCGAUGAGUUCGACAUCAAGGAGGACACCUCGUCCAGCUCGUCCUCCUCUUCGAGCGUGAGCUCGACGGGCUCGAAGACCUCCGCAACGAGCGCCGGCACUGCGACCAUCCCGCCGACCGCCUCUGAGCACAACGGCGCCGCGACGACCACCUCCGGCUCUGCCGCGUCGGCCACUAACUCCAACGCCGCCGACGCAACCUCCUUCGGUGCCGCCGGCCUCGCGGGUGCCCUCGCCUUCGUCGGCGCCAUGCUCGCGUAAAGCGGUGACAUUUGGUGUCGGUGAUUGCGUGUCAAGAGGGCGUUGACAGAUAGACAGCGCGCUUCGUGUCGUUUGUAUCUCGGACGUUGUGCGGUGGACUCUGACUUGGACACGUAUCGCGCACGUACCCAUGCCGAUAUGCCUAGACUCGAGAAGCAUCGGGUCUCGUACUUCCAUAUCUCACGUAUGGAGCU